AUGGAAGACCAUGCUUUUUUCGAACCUGGAUCCAUUGAUCUACCUGGAUUAAUGGAGAGUGUCUCCGUGGAUGGAUUUAUUUUAAGGUUAGGUUGCAUGGGGUAUGGAGAUUUGUUAUGCGUAGAAGGUGAGGAUAACACGUUUCACUUGUUAAACCCCUUGACAGGCCAAACUCAUAUCUUGCCGCAUCCUUUUAGGGCGUAUGAUGAUUAUUUGGCAUUGAACAUAGCGUUUGCAUUAGGGUUCGUGGAUCACACAAACCAAUACGUACUAGUGAGCAUCCAUCGUGUUUGUGAAGAUCAAUCAAGGCGGGCUACCAAGUUGCAUUUUGAAUGCGAUAUUAGAAGAAGAUCAGUUGGGUUGACCGCGGGUUGGGGUGAGAUUGAAAAGGAUUGCCCCUGCGAGGUUGAUCAUAAUGGCAUAUUGAUUGACAAUUCUGCUUUUUGGGUGGCAACAGAGAAGGACACCUAACAUAUUACUCCAAUUGUCGCACUGAAUCUCUUGGAAGAGAGAUUUGAACUCAUAAAUGGCCCUUCAGGCUGGAAUCCGAAAUCCAGGCCCAGUCUCGCGGGAAUAAAAGACAGGCUCUAUAUUAUUCUUAUCCACCCCAAUGAUGAUGAUGAUGA